GUGGGUGUUCAGUUCCCGAAGCCUGUUUACCAUUUUGAAGGAACGGCUAGAGCCACUGCUGAACGAAGCUAAACCUUCAUUUGUGGAGAGCCUUGAAUUGAGGCAGUUCACCUUGGGGGAGCAGACACCAUAUGUGAAAACUGUGCGGGUGUUUGAUGUGAACCAAGGGAAACGUAUCCCACUAUCAGCAAGGAGUCUUCAGCAACCUCCAAGCGGCCUAGCACUGAGUGUGCAUCAUCAAGUGGCACUGGAAGCAGACGUGAGUCUUGACAGUGAUGAUUUCCAGAUGGUUAUCAGGUCAAGACUUUUUGGCAAAGGUGUUGGGAUGGAUCUGGAUCUGGCAAUGGAGAAGCUGAACAUCAGUGGAAAGAUUUAUGCAACGUUCACACUGAAUAUGGAGGCACCAUUCCCACACAUCACUCACCUGAACCUGACAUUUCUAGAGAAACCAGAAGUGUGGUUCAGUGUCCGGGUUCUGAAGGCUGUCCAGAUGAUGGAAGUUCCAGUACUCAAAACAUGGAUACAUUCUCUAGUAAUGGAUGCUCUAGUGACAGCAUUGGUAGAUCCUGGCAAGCUGGAUGUGAACUUGACUUGUCAUGACAGACCAACUCCAGGUCAAGAUAUGGGUGACACAGUUGCACAGGGAGUUCUCACAGUUACAUUGUCAGCAACAGAACCAGGCCACAUGCCAGAAGAUGUCCGAUGGCUAGUUCUGACUCUUGGUGAGCAGCACCAGAAAACUUCACACCUUUCUCCACGAUGGCAAGAAAGUCCUUCCUUCCUCAUUAAUUCUCUUCAGACAGACAAAUUAACUGUGAAACUCAAAAGCAAACGACUUGUCAGUUCCAUAACGUUGGCACUGUUUGAGCUUCCAUUAUCAAAUUACAAUCUGGAUAGUGCACACGUAGUGGAAACAUUUUUACAGAAAAAGCAGACACGUUUGUAUUCCAGUAACUUCCCAAAUAUUGCUGUAAGAUUAGAAUAUACAGCAUUGCCUCCUAUACAGUUAGAUCAACCAGAGACAUCGUGGCCUAUUCCUGAAGCAGCAGGAGGUGCUACAUUACCUGUUUCAGGUGUAAUAUUUGUAUAUAUUCAUGGAGCAGAGGGUCUCACAAAUGGUGAUCAGAGUGAGUGUAAUCCAUACUGCAUGCUGUUCAAUAGUCGCAAGAAGGUAAAAACCACUCAUUAUCUAUGUGGCACAUCAAAUCCUCAGUGGGAAUCACGAGCCCAGUUCCUUGUUAGUGAUUUCACUCAAGUCUCGUUAUCGUUUGUUGUUUGUUCAUGGAGCCCAAAGAAGAUGGCUGACACAGAUUUGCUAGGACUUGCAAUCUUCAGCAUGAAUCAGAAUGAAACUUGGUUGGUGCAUCGGCAGCUGCAGCUCAGUGGAAACACAAGCCCUGCUCUUAUUACAGUGUCUAUUUUAUUCUGCCCUGUUGCAUCUGUUGCACAGUCAGACCUUCAUUUCUACAACAGCUUUGUGCCUCUGGGUACAGAUGAUGAGCUGCUUGGCUAUAACCGUGGGAAAAGAAACAGCAUUACAUGGAUGCAGCAAGCAAAAAUGUUACUAACUCACAGGGACCAAGAUACCAGUGCCACUGAUAUCAGCAGUCUGCUCUCCAAUGGCAUUGGUUUAAUGGAAGUUAGCAUUGUUAGGGCCCGUGAUCUGGUAUCCAAGGAUCUGAAUGGGUUCAGUGAUCCAUAUUGUGAGUUGAAGGUGAAUGGAGAAUGUAAAUACAAAUCAAGUAUUAAAAAGAAAACUCUUAACCCCAUCUGGGAUGAGAGUGCCAUCAUGGGGUUACCAAGAGCUGGGGAAGUGCUAGAGGUGGUGUUGUGGGAUCAUGAUACAUUUGGUAUGAAAGAUUUCUUGGGAAGUGUCACUCUGACUUUGGAAGAUAUCCACAGAGUCUCGAGUUUAGAUGCUUCUCAGAGUUGUCAGUUACAAGGUGUGAAGACAGGAGUUGUAGAGAUCAAGGUGAAAGUGAUUUCAGGAGAGACCGAGUUCCAGAGCUACCAGCCAGGCAACAGCACUAGUACCAGCUCUCCCCGACUGCCUACUCGACGUGAACCUAGCAGUGUAUCUAGACGUUCUUCUGGGGAAAGAUCAAAACUGCAGCUGCAUAUGGAAAAUGUACCUCCCCCAGCGCCUCCACGUACUGUUACAUUGGGAUACAAACCACAUCCACCUGAAGCAGAUUUGUUACACAGACCUUUAACCAAUGGUGUAAACAAUGGGAACGUGACCCCUACUGAGUCAAGCUCUAGUUCUCUCCAUUCGGUUCCACGGGUGACAGUGACAGAUCUGCACAACCCUGAACAGCUUGCUGUCACAGUUUCAGAAUUACCAGAUAUAAGCAUUGGCAUUGGUGGACAGCACUCCCCAUGUACUUCAUUUACACCUAGCCCAGAUGGUCAGUUUAAGAAGAAUGUACCAGAAUACAGUAGCUUCAGAAUCAUGAAACAGAAGAUGAAACGGGGUUUGAAAUUACGUCGUUUUAAAUCUGAAGUGAGUGUCCAUGAAGAAAAAUGUGGGGUAACAAAUGGGAAACCCAGUACAGCCACAACACUUAGUAUUGAACCCAGUGGGGGUGGAGAAUCAGAUGCAACUGAACUUCUCGAAAUGGAGGGCCUCUCUCAUGCUGUCUCACAGCCAAAUAUACUCCACAUCAAACAGCCCUCCCCUCAUCUUAAGCAUAAAAGGCCUACAGAUCUGAAAGUUUCUGCCCCUGUUCGACCUGACAGAUACUUUGGUGUUGAGGGGAAAGUGAUCCAAGCACAAGGACUGCAUGUAGCACAUGUGGCACAGUUGUACUGUCGCAUCAAAUUACAAAGUGCAACCAGCCCAGACAAACUCUCACGGGUGGGAAGUAAUGCAGCUGGUAAAACUCUUGCCAAAUCUCGGCUACUGCCAGCCAUGCCAAAUCCUAGAUUUGAUCUAAGUUUUCAACUUGAUAACCCUGAAAAUGUCCCUCGACAGGCAGUUUUAGUGUUUGAGAUUCGCAGUUCUGGAAAGGAAGUGGUGGCAGCACGCAGGAUUACACUUCAGGACAUGCUUUCUGCUGCUUCUCCAGACACAAAUGAAGUUCAUACUUGGUUGGCUCUUAAUAAUGGUGCAUCAUUAGAAGUUGAGAUUGCUCACAGUAGGGAACUUAAAAAACAAUCACGAAAAAUAUUUCGGAGUUGGUCUGUCCAUCGCAUUGGUAAGAUUUAACAUAGGCUCCAUCGCAGGAUUUAAUGUCUGCUGUUUGCUGCAUUGGAAGCAAAUGUUUAUAAAGAAAAGAGUAAGACUUACCUUAAAGGUGAAUAGAUUAAUUCAAGAAGAAAGUAAUAUAAGCCGCUGUUAAGCUUAGAUAUUGAAGAAUAUGUGCCUAGAGUAUGCAUUUUCAGUUAAUUUGUGUAGGACAGUUAUGUAACCAGACUGUCCCUUCCCAGAGUACA